CUUAUUAGUCACCUCCUGCCAAAAGAAAGAAACACAAAUUGUGCUUUGUAUUUCAAGCUUUACUAAACUCUCCGGUACACUGAGUAAACACAGGUAUAGAUUGAGGUAGUAGUGAAGAACCACCCACAUCCGUAUUUUUUUAGUGGGUGUAACUGAUGACUAGUUCCUGGGAUGUAGGUCAGGUCUCACUGUUGUCCCUGGCAGAGGUACAGUAAACAUCAUCUCCCUAUAGACAGCUGUUACCCUGCAGCAGGACUGGGGGAACUUUGCUGCCAAGGUUCCUUUGAAAUAUUUAGAGCAUCAUUCACCGGCCACACAAAAUGAUCAACUCAACAAGAAGCCUGCUCUAGAUUUACUGAAUUACCAGUACUGCGUGUGAUUGCCUAGGCAGAACCAGACCAACUGAUUUCAUGGGCUUCAGAAAAUUCUCUGCGUGCCCUCGUCAUUUGUUCUACGAUGAGUGCCAAAUCUGCCAUCAGCAAGGAAAUUUUUGCACCUCUUGAUGAAAGGAUGCUGGGAGCUGUCCAAGUCAAGAGGAGGACAAAGAAAAAGAUUCCAUUCUUGGCAACCGGGGGUCAAGGCGAAUAUUUAACUUACAUCUGCCUGUCAGUGACAAACAAGAAGCCCACACAGGCGUCCAUCACGAAAGUCAAACAGUUUGAGGGCUCCACCUCAUUUGUUCGGAGGUCACAGUGGAUGCUCGAGCAGCUUCGCCAGGUUAAUGGAAUCGAUCCUAACCGGGAUUCUGCAGAGUUUGAUUUGUUGUUUGAAAACACUUUUGACCAGUGGGUCGCCAGCACAGCCUCAGAAAAAUGCACGUUCUUCCAGAUCCUUCAUCACACCUGCCAGAGGUACCUCACAGACAGGAAGCCAGAGUUCAUCAACUGUCAGUCAAAAAUUAUGGGAGGAAACAGCAUCCUGCAUUCAGCUGCUGAUAGCGUGACUAGUGCAGUGCAGAAGGCCAGCCAGGCAUUGAAUGAGCGUGGAGAACGGCUAGGCCGAGCGGAGGAGAAGACAGAAGACUUGAAGAACAGUGCCCAGCAAUUUGCGGAGACAGCACACAAGCUCGCUAUGAAGCACAAAUGUUGAGGACCUGCCUGUCCUGGUGACCCUCUAAAGAGAAAUGGAAGAGAUUGUUCAGCAGUUCUUACAAGAAUUCUGGACCUCCACCUGCUUCUUUCUUUCCAGUACAUGGACAUUGAGAGUGUCUUGUUUUUCCUUUUCUGACAUUAAGAUGAAAGGAAAGGUGUCAUGUGUUUGCAUUUCUCCAGUGAUCUAGCUAGGAAACACUAAGUAGCAUCAGCUUCUUGUCAGUUGUUUUUCUGUGUGUGUGUGUGUGUGUGUGUGUGUGUGAGUGUGUGCUUGAAUGUAUUUUUCUUUUUUAAAAAAUAAUUUUUUGUAGUUUGGAUAAAAAAAAAUGUGGACCAAAUGAUAAACUGAGCUGUGUCUAACCUGGCAACAUGUAUUUUGUUUUCCCUGCUAAAAGAAACAGGAGGACAUUUACAUGUGGUGACAUCAGAUAUUAUUGUUCCUAGGUGGAAAGAAAAAUUAAGCAGUUACAGUGUCUGCUCACUCUUUAGCUUGUCAUAAUUUGAAGCAUAAAGCUAAAAUUCUGUAUCUGAAGACAUGAUUCUGUAUUAUGAAAAACAUUUGAAUUUAUCAGGGAAGACAAUAGUCUUAGAUUUCGCUCAUCGCUUAGCAAUGUUCUGCAUGAACCAUCACCAGCAUUCCAAAAAAAAAAAAAGGAAAUCAGAAUCACAGAAAUCUACUUUCUGAGCUGCACCUUAAAUACUUCUGCUAGUUAUUUCUGGGCUGAUUAUUUGGAAUUACCAUAUGAAGGGUAAAAAUUUGAAAGCAGUGACCUAAGGAAAAGCCUGCUCAACAACUUCUGUGUAUUCAUGGAUGUUUCUAUCAUCUGUUACUGUCACAAAUUAUAGUGGCUUGGAUUUUUAUCAAAAACUGAUUUGCCUAGGUAAAAGUCUGUGUAGAUAAUGUGAAAAGAUGCUAUGUUUAAAAUAUCUUUUUGUCUUCACAAAGUCCUGCCUAUUUUAGGCACCCACAUAAUGCCCUUGGGAAAGGGGUGUUCGUUUCUUGGUAUCUAGUUUGGAGAGCUGUUGAUGUUACUGUGGUUUAUUUAUUUAACAUAAUAUAAUAUGUGGCUUUCUUGAGAAAUUGCAUUUUGUGGCAGUUUCAACUUGCCUAGUCUGACAUAAAUCAGUGUGGUCACAAAGCCCUUACUCUGCAGAGUUGGUCACG